CCGAAUGAUUUGUGUUUGAUAAUUAUAAAAGAUCGAUCUAAUGGCUAACGAAGAAGCAGCCGUAAAGGAUGGCAAUGAAAUGCCAGUUCCCAAAAUAAGAUACGAUUGGUAUCAAACAGACGAUCUUGUCGCAAUUACAAUUUUUGCAAAGAAUGCGAUUAAUGUUAUUGUUGAUUUUCAAGAAAAUACGUUGAGUGUGUCAGCUGCAUUACCAUCAGGAAAUGAUUAUUCCAUGGAGUUAGAUUUAGCUCAUCCAAUAGUACCAGAUGAGUGUUGCUACAAGGCUGGUUCUGCUACAAUACAAGUCAAGUUGAAGAAAAAAGAUGGAAUUACAUGGAAUUCCUUAGAAAGAAGUGCAGAAGUACCAAUCACACCACAGCCUAUUCCUCAAGUUGUACAAUGUGAAAAGGAUCCAUCACAGUAUCCCAGUUCAUGUAAAAAGACAAGAAAUUGGGAUAAAUUAGAGAAAGAGAUAGAAAAACAAGAGGCAAAAGAAGAAAAUGAGGCAAAGGGAGAAGCUGCUCUCAAUUUUUUGUUCCAACGCAUAUAUGUUAAUGCUCCAGAUGAAGUUAAACGUGCAAUGAAUAAAUCCUUUCAAGAGUCUGGUGGUACAGUGCUAAGCACAAAUUGGUCAGAAGUAAGUAAAGGUCGAGUUGAAAGAAGACCACCAGAAUGUUUGGAAUGGAAACCUUGGAAUACAUAA